AUGCAAGACCCUGACAUUCAAGAGGCUACGGCCUCGGAGCCCAUGACGCUGGACGAAGAGUACGAGAACCAACAGUCGUGGCGCACUUCUUCAGACAAGCUCACCUUUAUCGUGUGCGCGCCGCUUGAAGAGUCUACGUCUGUGGUUAAAGCUGGCACGGCGGAUGCAGAUGAACUCAUGCGAGGCGACAUCAACUUUUUUCUACACACCUACGAAGCCUCGGAAGAAGAAGAAGCCCUCGCCCAAGCGCAAAACUGGCUCACAGGCGAAGUAGACGUGAUGAUAGCCUCCCCGUCACACCGCGGGCGGGGCAUGGGUCGGGCCGCUGUACAGGCUCUCCUCACGUACCUCCGCAGACACAUGCGAGAGAUGCUGGCCGAGUACGGAGGAGGCGAGCUCAAGGGUCUGAUGGUCAAGAUCAAGGAGAGCAACGCGGGGAGCAGGGCGCUGUUUGACAAGAUGGGGUUUGAGCAGAGGGGCGGGGUUAAUUACUUUGGCGAGGUGGUCAUGGUGAAGGGGUGGGAUGAUGGAGUUGAGGAGGAGAAGGAGUAUGAGGAGCUGGGAUAUGAGGGUAUCGUGGAAUAG